AUGGCGCAUCUGGACGGGAAACAUGCGGGCUACGACGCCCAGUUCACGUCUGCGCAGGCCAGCACCGACCGCCCGUUCCACAUGUUUCAGUGGCUCCAGUGGAUUCUGAUGCGGAACAUGCCGGUCCAUGAAGUCGAAGACGCGCUGACAAGAGCGAUGAGCAAGCUGCGACCUGUUACGGUCAAGGCUGUUCAGAAGUGCAUGGAAGGCAUCGCGAUCAAGAUCGGACAAGACCUCAAGAAGGAGCUGGGAAUACUCUUUGGUCUUAUGUUCGACGGCUGGUCCCAUGCCGGUGUGCAUUACGUCGCUCUCUUCGCUGUUUACGAGCCAGAUGGCAAGCUGCGCGUACCGUUGCUGGGCUUACCCCCUCUUGCCGACGGAAACCAGACGGCUGACGUCCACGUGGAGCUGUUUAAGAACAUCCUCGAUGUCUAUAACAAGACACUGGACAUGGUCGGGUUCAUGGUAGGCGACAAAUACAACACCAACCAGGCGAUCGCGAAUAAGAUGGCUGUGCCACUCGUCGGCUGUGCCAGCCACAGGUUUAACCUCGCCGUCAACAAGUUCCUCGCGCCGUACAAGACAUUGCUGUCCGGCGUCAACACGCUCAUGGUGGAAUUGCGGAAAGAAAACAACCGGGCGGUGCUGAAGAAGUACACGGAACUCGAUCCUGUCAAGCGCUGUCACGCGCGCUACAUCCGUAUCCGCGCCGAGAUCAAGAUGGUCGAGGCUUUUGAGCAGUUGAUCCCUACUGGUGCAAAGCACAGGAAGCUUGUCGCUCUCUUUGAGCACCUAAAGAAGUUCGACAGCAUUUGCAAGCGGCUGCAGCGCGACGACACGGACAUGGACGAGGUGCGUCUCAUGUUUGACGCGCUAAUCGUGGAGUAUCCAGUUAUGGCAGAACACCUGAGAUCUACGGCUAAGAAUGUUCACGCUCCUGCGUUCGAGACCGGAAUCGUCAAAAUGAUCUCUGGCUGCGCGCUUACAUCGGCGGAAGAAGCAGCCUUGAAGUGUUUUAAAGCGGGCCAAGCUGCGGGGAAGAAGCGCAAGGACAGAGAAGAAGACUACGCGGCACAGCUACUUCGAGGCAGAGGAAAGAAGCGAACCACAAGUACAAGCUCGACGCAGUAUAACCCUCUCGUCAAAAUGGUGCCGCCGACGUCUAACACAGUGGAGCGACUGUUUCUGCAGUGCAAGCUGAUAUUGACACCACAGCGCCGCGGGAUGUAUCCUGCUCACUUUGAAGAGCUCGCAUUUUUGCGGGUGAAUAGAGGCAUGUGA